GAGAUGGAAGAGGCUGUGCAGUGGUCAGCCAGUGUGAUGGACCAUAAAGCAGGAGUAGAAAAGCAAGCUCAGGCAGAGGAUAAAGUGAGGAGGAUUUCCUCGGACCUGUACUGCGAGGCUUCCGACCUGUGUGGAGGAGAAAAUAUCAUAGAGCUAUGCAAAUGGAAAAAGAAGAUCAAGAAAACAUACUCGCCCAUGUUGCCUGUGGAAAUCCCUGUGAUAGGGCAUGUGGAUACUGCAGAAUUCAUGAAUGCAGCCACUCAAGGCAAACUGGAUGUGAUAGACAAGUAUCUGGCUAAUGGUGGGAACCCUAAUGUCCAUGAUGAGUUGAAAAGGACAGCACUACAUCGUGCCUCUCUGGAAGGACACUUCACAAUUGUCCAAAGUCUUUUAGAAAAAGGAGCUGACAUCACCUUUAAGGAUCGACUGGGCUCCAGAGCCAUACACUGGGCAUGCAGAGGGGGAAGCCUUGGAGUUGUCAAAGCCCUGAAGAGCCACGGGGCUGACCUGAAUGUUAGAGAUAAGUUGUACAGCACUCCUCUGCAUGUGGCCACAAGGACAGGCCACACCGCCAUUGUGGAGUACCUGCUGUCCUGUGGUGCCAAAAUCAACUCCAGGGACAGGGAAGGAGACACAGCCCUGCACGAUGCCGUGCGUCUCAACAGAUACAAGAUAGUGAAGCUGCUCUUGUUUGCGGGAGCUGACACAAAAAUAAAAAAUCAUGAGGGAGUGACAGCAGUGCAGCAGGUAAAACAAUGGCAGUCUGACAUCAUGGAGACCCUGCAGAGGCUGGAGAUGCUGAGGGAGGGGGGACUGGUGCCGCCUGAAAACACCUCAAGAGAAGAGUGA